AGAAACGUAAGACGCCAGGGUCACCUUCUCGAGAAAGAAACCAAGCUUAGCUAGACCUUCGACGCAGCACAUGGCGUCGACACAAAGCAGCAGCAGCGGCGCGCUCCCCGUGGUGGAUCUGGCACCGUUUUUCUCCACGGCCGAGGACGCUGCCGCUGCCCGUGCCCGCGCCACCGAGGCUGUGCGCGAGGCAUGCAUGGACACCGGGUUCUUCCGCAUCGUGAACCACGGCGUGCCGCGGGAGUUCAUGGCUCGCGUGCUCGAGCUGUCGGCGGCGUACUUCGCGCUGCCGGAUGAGGAGAAGUCUAAGGUGCUCCCGGCGGAGGGAUCGUCCAGUACGCCGCUCCCGGCAGGGUACCUGCGGCCGCCCGCGGACUCCCCUGACAAGAACGAGUACCUGCUCGUCUUCAAUCCGGAGCUCGUCUUCAACAUGUACCUAGCCGAGCCUGCAGGAUUCAGGGACGUGAUAGAGGAAUGCUAUGCCAAGCUCACCAACCUGGGGCUGCUUAUCCAAGAGAUCCUGAACGAGUGCAUGGGCCUCCCGCCAGGUUUCCUCGCGGACUACAACAACGACCGUAACUUCGACUUCCUCUCGCUGAUACGCUACUUCCCGGCAACAUCGGCAGAGGAUACCAACGGCGUCUCUCCGCACAAGGACAACACCCUCAUCACCUUCGUCCUGCAGGACGACGUUGGCGGCCUGGAGAUCCUCGGCAGCGAUGGCUUUGUCUCUGUGGAGCCAGUCGAGGGAACCAUUAUCGUCAACAUAGGCGAUAUCGUGCAGGUUCUCAGCAACAAGAAGUUCAAGAGCCCGACGCACCGGGUGGUCAGGAAGCUGGGAACGCACCGGCACUCGCUCGCCUUCUUCGUCAACCUCCAUGGGGACAAGUGGGUCGAGCCGUUGCCGCAGUUCGCUGCCAACGUCGGCGAGGCACCAAGGUACAGGGGGUUCAAGUACGGCGACUAUAUGCAGCUGCGAUUGACGAACACGACCCACCCGCCGUCCAAUCCCGAGGAUGCCGCCGGCAUCACUCAUUACGCGAUCUAGCUCGUAGAAGCUGAAUUGCAUGUGUAAAAGUGCAUUUUCGGCCUGUGGUGGUGUUCAGAGCAUGGCAGAGAGGCUAGACCCGCUAAUAAGUGGAUUUAUGAUAAAUAAAUUUAAGCAUUAGAGAUCA